AUGGCUGUUCAUGUCAGCUUUCUUCUCAUCCUCACUGGACUCACAGGAAUUCACAGCAUAACAACAGUCAGUAAAGUGUCAGUGAGGACUGGAGGUUCAGUCUCUAUUCCAUGUUUCUAUGAGUCAGAAUACAAAAAUCAUGUGAAAUAUUUGUGUAAAGGAGCUUUCUGGGUGUCCUGCUCCUCUGUAGUUAAAACAAACCAACACAGUAGUUCAGGAAAGUUUUCAAUCUCUUAUGACCAAAGCCGAAGAAUCUUCACUGUGACUAUAAAAGACGUGACGGAUAAGGACACGGACUACUGGUGCAUUGUGGAAAUGAAUGAUGGGCCAGAUUACGGAAAGCAUUUUCAACUGUCAGUCACCGGAGCUACACCCAGUCUCUAUGUGGACCAACAGGAGGUAACAGGAUUUAAAGGAGGGAAUAUAACGAUUAGUUGUCGCUACAGUAACCCUGGAGUAAUAAAGUGGUGCAAGCUGGGCAGUUUCUGUGUGACCGGGCCAACAGGAUCAAUAGAUGGAACAACAGUCACUAUCGAUGCAAGUGUCCCAAAUGUUUUCACUGUGACUAUGCAUGGACUCAUGAGCAGCGGCUGGUAUUAUUGUGUUAAAGGAGACUUACAGAUGCCAGUGCAUGUAACUCUUAACGAGCAACCUACAACUACUACCACAGCAAAACUUUUAAUAACCUUGCCACCCACUCCUGAUCUCACCCUUGUCUUUACAAGCGAAGCACCCACAGCUCAAGGUGGAUACCCAAGUCCUUCUGACCACUUAAAGAUUUUCAGCAUCCGUCUGAGCGUGUUGACCUUCGCUGUAAUGGUGACAUUGUUCAUCUGGUUCAUAGUCAAAAGAUACAGUAAGUAGAUGCUGAACUGAUAAAACUAAUUCGUUUUAAGAAACACAAAUAUGGAAAUUUGUUUCAAAUGAGAACUCUUGUGCAUUAUUGUCAUCAAGCAUUGAGACUAAGUUAUGGAUGUUUUCAUUGUC